AUGUCGGUUGACAACCCCCCCUCGGCCCUCUUCGUCAAUGGCCGCAUCCUCGCCAGGUCAUCCCCUGGUCUCACCGGCGAGCCCGUCUUCGCCGACAGCAUGCUUGUGCAGGAUGGCCUCAUCAGAGCCAUAGGCACGCGUGAGGAGUCUCUGCGCAAAGUUUCACUUGAUCACUGCAAGUCUUUCGAAGACAUCCGCAUCGCCAUCAAGACCUAUGCCGAGGCGAAUCCUGAGGUUCCUCGUAUACUCUGCAAGGGCUGGAUGCACUCAAUGACCCCGGAAGGCACUGAUGCCUCCAUGCUCGACGACAUUGACCCGCGCCCCAUCUUCAUCGACACCAAGGACUUGCACUCCACAUGGUGCAACAGCGCAGGCCUCGAAGAGCUUGGUGUUGCCAACAUGCCCGAUCCCGCCGGCGGCACCAUCCAUCGCGAUGCCAACGGCAAGCCCAACGGUGUGCUCAGCGAAGGUGCCGUCCUGUCCAUCGUCUGGCCUCACCAAGCCAAAGUCUCCCCCAUGGCCGAGCGUCAGGAGGCCAUUCUUGCUGCAGUCGAGACCUACAACGCGUCUGGCUACACCGGCCUUGUCGAGAUGGCCAUGGACGAGCCGGCCUGGGAUGCCCUCGUCGCCCUGCGCGCCGCCAAACCCGACCUCCCUAUGCGCAUCGCCGCUUACUGGCUUAUCAAGCCCUCUGACGAUGCCGAGGCCAGACACGCUCAGGUUCGGCGCGCCAUUGAGCUGCACAGCCAGCUUAACGCCUCUACCUCCCCAGACCUGCGCAUUGCCGGCAUCAAGAUUGUGUGCGACGGCAUCAUCGACGCAUGCACGGUCUACCUCUCCGAGCCCUAUGCACCCGCCGAUUCCCCACCGCCGAUCUGGGCGCAAGACGACCUUGAGCCCAUCGUCGCGCAAGCAGACGCUGCAGGUUUGCAAAUUGCUUUGCAUGCGAUCGGCGACGGUGCCAUCAAGAUGGCCGUCGACGUUCUCGAAAAGCACACUACGCCUGGUCGUCGUCAUCGUAUCGAGCAUCUUGAGCUUGCAUCGCCAGAGGACGCUAAGCGGCUGGGCGACCUCAACUUGACAGCCUCCAUCCAGCCUGUCCACGCCGACCCGGCAAUCCUGCGGGCAUGGCCGCGCCUCAUCGGCUCGGAGCGGUGCAAGAGGGCCUUCGCGUAUCGAGAGAUGGCCGAUGCGGGAGCGUUGAUGGCCCUGGGAAGUGACAGCCCGACGGCGCCGUGGGCGCCGCUGCAGAACGUGUACGUGGCGUCGACGAGGCGAUCAGCAAGGGAGCCCGAGUACGAGGUGACAGGUGAACGAGAACUUCCGACUGUGCGAGGCGAUCGUGGCUGGUACAAGGGCGCGCGGCCAGUGUGUUCGCUGAGGAGAGGACCGGAAGCUUGGAGGUGGGAAAGAUGGCCGAUUUUGUCGUUGUUGACAUGGAGUGGAAGGCUGAGAGCCUACUGA